UCUCUUCCCAGGCGUCUGCUCUUCCCACAACUUCCUGCUGAUGCCGAGCUCCCGCCUCUUCUGGUGUCCCCCUCUGCAACACCUGCCCUGAAUGCGGAGCUAUACGAAUUCAUCGCUCUGGCUUUACGUGCAUACGUGAACCCGUGGUGGACGAAAAUUACGCGUUAUGAUAAGGAAUUCUUGCCUACAAUUACACGCAUCUUCACUGCGGUCAUCCGUGCUCUGGAAACACGCCUUGUCUCCAUUGACCUUGCACCACUCUUCUUUCGAGACCUUCCUGCACUAGUCACGCAACACUACGUCGACUUUCGCAACGCGAAGUCGAAGUUGCACACCUCGUAUGCUUCGGGAGGCGCCGCUACCUUGCCUCAGCUGUUCCACCAUCUGCAGCCGCAUAUGGCCGUAAAUUCUGAUGGACAAAUAAGCGACGUGUAUGUACGACAGGCCAUUGAUCACAUCUUGAAGGCGUGCCUUCCCCAGGAGGACUAUGAAUCAGAGGCGGAAAGAUAUAUCGUGCGCGAGAUCGUCCUGAGUGUGUUGCUUCGCAAUGUCCUCCCUUGCGUCACGCAGCCCUGGUUUAUUCAAAAGUUAAUGUUGAACAACCUUGUAUCGGAACGACAUGAGGCGAAGUUUCCUGAGGUAAGCCGGUUCACUUUUGUACCUCGGAACACCUUCUCUCUCCAGUCUCUGGCCAUCUACUUCUUCUCUACGGUCCAGACCAUCUCUGGUGCCUGUCUUGCGCUUAUACACGCUUAUAGGCAGGCGCGAGACACGAUCAGAAAGGUCAAUCAGAGU